CCAAACUUUCCCUAAUGAACUAAUGAUUGUAAUUCUCUAAUAAGGGCCGAACAGACUUCCUCCCAGAUAAGACAAUGACCGACAUCUAAUUCUAUUUCCCUAAUUAACAAUCUGAAAAUUUCCUUAAUUAAAACACAUUAAAAUUCUAAUAAAUUCGUUUACACAAAAUAAAGGAAAUCAACGUCUAAUUCCCAAGUCUAAUUCCAUUUCCUUUAUUGGUUAGAUGAGCUAAAGGAAAGCAAUUAAUUAAUAAGGAAGACAUAGUUCAAUAUCGUGGAAUGAUUAUAGUAAUUUAAGUAGUUUAAUACGUAUUGAAGUUUUCCAUAAAAAAAUUAAUUGUUAAUUAUUAUAGUAGUAUUACAUUAUUCAAAAUUAUUUAUUAUAUAGCCUAAUACGUGUUAACUUUUUUUUAACAAAGUAUAAUAGUAAUUUAAAAUCGUAAACCCAAAACCCCCCUUCUACACCUUCUACAACCCCCAAACCCUAAACCCUAAUUCCCAUAAGAUAGUUAAUUUCAACCUCAAUCUAUUCAAUCAUACUACGACAUUGUCUUAGAGCUAAAAUCGUCUCUUCCUCCACUAAUAACAAUCGUUCGCAUCAUCGAAAUAUGCAUGAUAGGCCCAAGAAAUUGCUUAUUACCAUCCCCAGAGCCCCCAAAAAUCUCGAUGAAAGUUUUGACACUAUUCAUACAUUUUUGCCCCAGACGUCUAAUCGAGAAACGGUCAAUUCCAUCAUGUUCAUAUCCACAUUUUAGUGAUAAAUAAUAAUUUUGUACAAUAUGAAUUAUUUUUGAUAAAUAAUAGUUACUUAAAAACCAUAUAACUAAUUUAAUAAGUAUUUUAUAGUCAUCCUAACUAAUUUAAUAAUUUUGAAUAAUUAUCUCGUUAAUCACUACCAAUAUAAUUUAACAUAAUUAUGUGAUAAAAAAAUUAACAUAAUUAUAGUUUUUUUGCGAUAAACAUAAUUUUCGUUAAUCACUGCCAACAUCUUUCCUAAAUAACAUAAUUUCCACUCCCAGUUUCCCUAAUUAACAACCGAGAAUUCCUUUAGCUAAUUAAAUCCUUAAUUUUUAAUUAUAUUUUUUGGUACGGCCAUUAAUGAUUCCUCUCGUUACGUGUUUACCACUGCUUUUACUUUUUUGCAAUUAAAUAUUAUGAAUUAAUUUAAGAAUCAAACGCGAGAAAGUGGAAAGAUUAACUUAUUGAGGUUUAUAGGGAAAUGAUUUUUGAAUAACGUUAAUUGAGGAAGGGAAACUAAUUAUGUUUGUAACCGUUUAGUUGUUAAAUAAUGAAUAUACCUCACUUCUCUCGCACCAUAUUGGAAUUAUGGUAUGAAAUAAAUUGAAAAGUAAUAAUAAAAAAUAAAUUUAAUUCCUUAUAAACCUAAAUCCUUCCCCUUUCCCACGUUUGACUAUAGACUUUCUUCCCACGAGUUAUGGUGACAACCCCUUAACGGGUUGUGGGUUUGACAACCCACUUUAUACUUUAUAGCCAUUAGAUGUAUUAUCUCUCUUGUCUCUCUCCUGUUAUUUUUAAAUUGAAGGUUGAGAUGAAAAGAAGGGUGUUUUUGGGAUGAAAAAAACUUACCACACCCAAUCAUUUUUCCUCCCAUAUAAAAUAAUAAAACCCUAAUCUAACUCAUGCCAACUUUACAGCCGUUCACCACCUCCUUCUUCCCUUCCUCCCUUUCUUCCGCGGACGUUGCCGUCGCCGCAUCUCCCUCUUCCUCUCCCAUGCCCACCGCCACCCCUAACCUCCGCCGCGCCGGCUGUCUUCACCGCCCUGCCGCGCCUGCUGUCCCCGCCAUCAUGAUCGAGAUCUACGCCGCCGCAUGGCUCCGCGACGUCCAGAUCGGCUCCGUCCGCGUUCUCAUCAGCAACGUCCAGAUCGACGUCCAGAUCGUCGCGCUCCAGAUCCGCCGCCCCUCCGGUCGACCGCAAGGGACCCUCUACACCGAGCUCUCUGCCUCCGGCGUCGGCUUCAACGACCUCCUCGACGCCAAGGCCACCGCCGGGGGUGCGAAGAAUCUCAAGGAGAAGACCGCCAAUGCUAGUGGUACCAAUUCCUAUUGGUACGGUACCACUACUCACUGGUACGUACCAGUGGCUCCCCUAUCACUACUCACUGGUACCACUAUCAUCUGAUACCACUAUCAUCUGUUUGUUGUGUUAUUCUCUACUGGUACCGCUUCCAGUGCUAGUGGUACGAUACAAUAUGGUAGUGGUAGCGCUGUACUGGUAGCGUACCACUAGUACUGGUACAUUUUUUAACGCAAUGGUAUAUUAAUUACCAGUAGACUAAUGGAUUGGUACACUUUUUAACGCACUGGUACAUUAUUUCAGAUUGCCGGAGGGAGUCUGCCGGAGAAAAAGUUUGUCCGUCGAUGCAGAGUGGCCGCUGGAGAAAGGAAGAGAGAGAGAGAUAGAUAGAGAUAUUAAUGUAUAGGAUUUAAAUUUAAAAAAAAAUUGUAUUCAAUAUGGGUUUUUAAUUCCCAAUAUAAUUAAUACAAAAAGGUAAUUAAUAUAUUCUUUUUUUUCAUACCCAAAAUACCCUUGGUUGUAAAUCUGACAACCCCCUUAGGGGUUGUCACCGUAUCCCGUCCCCCUCCCUCUCUCAUCUUCAUCAAAACAAUUUGUAUAAUUAAUUAUUUAUAAAAUAAAAACAGGUCAUCAGCGGCAACUGGUCCGACGCCGGCAGGCGGACCCCGUCCGACGCCGGCGAGCGGACCCCCAAAUUUCAUCCGAUGCCGGCGAGCGUAGCCGCUGAUCUGGUCUGACAACCGGGAAAGGGAUGUGUGUUUUAGGUUUGUGGUCGACGGGAUUUCGGUUGAGGUCGUGGGGGAUUGGAGGAGGGGGUUUUGUGAUCGACGGUGGGGGGAGACUUGGGUUGAGGACGGUGGGGAUUGGUGGAGGGGUUGUGAUCGGCGGUGAGAGGAGGUUUGUCUUCACCGGCGGGGAAAGUAGUCAGAAGUUGUUUGGUGGGAGGUUUUUCUAAAGUAACGGCAAAAGCGUCUUUUACUCCAAAACUGUGGGCGGCAAUUAGUAAUUACUCGGGCGGCAAAUAACAACCCUCUAUUUUUUUUGGAAGGUAGGAAGCGAGUUUGAGAAGUGUUGGAAGAAAGUGAAAAAUGAGUUCUAUUUAUAGAGCUGGAAAAAUAUGGUCCUUGGAAAAUAUAGUCGUUGGAAAAAUAGUCGUUAGAAAUAUGAUCGUUGGGAAAAUAACCGUUGAAAAAUAUGACGGUUGAAAAAUAUGAUCGCUAGCCCAUAACACACCAAAAAUCUCCAAUUAAAACACUAAACCGACCAGGAAAAAAAAUACGCAAGACCACGGCAAGACGGUGGGCCGUACGAAUGUCAAUAGCCCUCCCUCACGGACCCUCCUCCCCUCCUAUUUUUGGCGUUUUCAGGAGGAUAUAUCUUCCCCUCUUUUCUUCUUUUUCUUUUUUCCAUCCCUUAUUGUAGGAUUUCCUAUCUCUUUCCCCCUAUUUUUCCGCCUUCUUGUGGGUAGUCUAAUGUUCGGCGAGGUCUGGCGUCAACAACAAUUUGAAAUAUUUCCCAUGAUAACAUAAUUUUAUUUUUUAAAAUUGGGCAUGAUAAACAAUGACUUAGGUUAGGGUACCAAACUCAAUCCAAAGGUACUAAUUUGUGAAGAUAAGAUCUAAUGGUCCACAUCAUAAAGGUUUAAAGAUGGAAAGUAUGAGAGAAGGAGAAGGCUGCCCAUAUUUGCUACCAGCUGUUCGGAUUUGCUUCCUAGAUGCCCGGAUUUAGAGGGGAUACACGCAAAUUUCUAGGCAUUUAUUAUAGCCUUUUUCAAAUCCCCAACGAAAAUAUCAGAUUUUGUGAUUUACAAGAUGAUAUACAUUUUGAUAUUUUUUUAAACAAAAAUUUUCAGACCAUUAUACCACUGUCAUAUCACGGUAUUAUCACUGAUAGUGGUAUGAUAUCACAAUAGUAUGAUAUAGAUAUAAUUUUGAUAUAAAAUUGGUAUGACGAUUGAGUGCAUAACUUUUGACUAAAUUGUUAAGUGGUUCAUUGCAUCAUUGGGUGAUUACAAGAGAAUGGUUUCAAUUUAAGUGUAUCAUAUGGUAUAGCCGUAUAGAGGAUUCCAUUCCCAAGUACCUUCUCUUUCUUGAGUUUAACCUUACUUGUUAUUUUGUUUCCUUUGAUUGUUUAGUCUUAAUUGAACCUUAAAUCGAUCUAUAGCAAAGCACGGGGGCAUUACUAUACUACUUCACCAACCUAAGUUAUACUUGUCCAAUUGUUGGAGUAGCUAGUAGAAUGUGAGACAAAUUUCUAGAGUCAUUAUUGGGGAACUUUGGAUUAUAGUGAAAAGAAGUGAAGUUACUAGUUUUGUCAUUUGCUUCUUGCUUAUUUUAUUUUACUUUGCUUUUUUUUUUCAUCCUACCUUUGAUGUUUACGGAUGCGUGUUUAUUGAAUUUUUAUGUAGACAUGACUGAAAAACAUGGGAGGUGAUGGAGGUCAAAGACCACCUCAAAGAAGUUCCAGGUAAUAUUACACUCGGCCGAAUUUCAACGAAAUUCAAUAACCAAUUAAACAUCUAGUGAUCUUUAACCAAAAUUGCGAGUCUAAGGUGAGUGUGAUAUCCAUGAUUCAAGCCUCUAUCCAGUUCCGUGGUCUAAAAGACGAAGAUCCACAUGUACAUAUCCAAGCCUUCCUUACCAAAAAGAUCAAGAUUGCGGGUGUACCUCAAGAAGCUAUUCGAUUGAUAUUAUUUCCCUUUUCUUUAGUGGAAUAUCCCAGAUAUAGUUGUCAAACCAACAAUUCAUCUCCAUCAUGUCUUGGAAGUAUCUUUGUUAGAAGUUCUUAAAAGCAAUAUUUCUCAUCUUCGAAGACGAUCCAAAUAAAUAUUGAUAUUUUCAACUUCGCUCAAGAAGAUAAGGAGUCAUUAUUCAAUCUUGGGAACUCUAUGAUUCUAUCCUCAUCAUGGGUUCCAAGAUUGGCUCCAAAUAAAUAUCUUCUAUAACAUACUACGAGAAGAGUGUAGGGAGAGCAUUGAUGCAAUCAGAGGGCUCCAUGGAACAGAACACCAAAGAAAGUAUUUAUACUACUUGAAGACAUGGCUUUGAAUGUGCAUCAUUGUGAGGUAACUCUAGGGUCUAAGGGGAUGAACCAAGAAUGUAGAUGUCUCGUGGGUCUUAUAAUAUCCAAAGUCAAAUAUUUUUGACUCUCUAGAGAAGAAAAUCAAUGUCAUGGCAUUAUCUUCAAUUACUCCUAAUGUGAAAGAGGAACUAGCUUAAGAGUCACAAACUUUAUGAAUGCUUUCUUGGUAGCUCUAGUAACUCUGGAGGAGAUCAAACAUGCUAUUUUUUGGAUUGGCAGCUUUCAGGCACCGAGUUCCGGGGAUUUUUCCAAUAAUAGCAUCUUUUAAAA